CGCCUGCCCGCUGGUCGGUCCCUGGGCGGCGGCGGCGGCGGCACCGGGCCGGCCGUGCUAGCGGCGUGCGGUCGUGCGGCCCGGAGACGCUCAGCCGGCGCGAGGGAGGCCCGACCGCGGUCGCGCGUGAGGAGACCGCGCGGGCACCGGGCGCGAGGCCGGCGUGAGGGAGCGCGGGGCAGCGGCGCUGGCGGCCGGACCCGCCUGUCCUCGCCGCCGCCGGCAUGAGCCACAUCCAGAUCCCGCCGGGGCUCACGGAGCUGCUGCAGGGCUACACGGUGGAGGUGCUGCGGCGGCGGCCGCCCGACCUCGUCGAGUUCGCCAUAGACUACUUCACCCGCGUGCGCGAGGCCCGCGCCCCCGCCGCGGCCGGAGCCCCAGCCCCGGCCCCGGCCCCGGCCCCGGCCCCCGGCCCGCCCGCCGCCCUGCCCUCCGCCGCGCCGGAGCCCGAGGAGCCCGGCCCCGGCGGCGCCGCCGAGCCGGAGAGCGAGUCCGAGGAGGAAGAGGAGGCGGACGUUCCAAUUCCUAGUAGACAUGAUCGGCGAGUAUCAGUCUGUGCUGAGGCCUACAACCCUGAUGACGAAGAGGAGGAUACAGAGCCAAGGGUGAUUCACCCUAAAACUGAUGAGCAGCGAUGCAGACUUCAGGAAGCUUGCAAAGAUAUUCUCCUUUUCAGAAAUCUUGAUCAGGAACAGCUUUCCGAAGUCCUCGAUGCCAUGUUUGAGAAGAUAGUCAAAGCUGAUGAGCAUGUUAUUGACCAAGGAGAUGACGGAGACAACUUUUAUGUCAUAGAACGGGGAACUUAUGAUAUUUUAGUAACAAAAGAUGACCUCACCCGCUCUGUCGGUCAGUACGACAACCGAGGAAGUUUUGGGGAACUCGCUCUGAUGUACAACACCCCGAGGGCCGCUACCAUCGUGGCCACUUCGGAAGGCGCCCUGUGGGGCCUGGACCGGGGGACUUUUAGAAGAAUCAUAGUGAAAAACAAUGCACAAAAACGGAAGAUGUUUGAAUCAUUUCUUGAAUCUGUGCCCCUCCUUAAAUCACUAGAGGUGUCGGAGCGGAUGAAGAUUGUGGAUGUGAUCGGAGAGAAGACCUAUAAGGACGGAGAGCGCAUCAUCACUCAGGGCGAAAAGGCUGAUAGCUUUUACAUUAUAGAGUCUGGUGAAGUGAGCAUCUUGAUUAGGAGCAAGACUAAAGCCAACAAGGAGAGUGGGAGCCAGGAGGUGGAGAUCGCCCGCUGCCAUAAGGGGCAGUACUUUGGAGAGCUUGCCCUGGUGACCAACAAGCCCAGAGCGGCUUCUGCGUAUGCUGUGGGGGACGUCAAGUGCUUAGUUAUGGAUGUGCAAGCCUUCGAGAGGCUGCUGGGGCCCUGCAUGGACAUCAUGAAGAGGAACAUCACCCACUACGAGGAGCAGCUGGUGAAGAUGUUUGGCUCCAGCAUGGAUCUGAUCGACCCUGGGCAGUAGGUGUGCCACACCCCAUCGUCUCAGUGUGACCCAGACCUGACGGUCAGCCGCAGAGCACACGGAAAGCAGACACCACAGAACUGUUGCUGCUGUCGCCCCGCAGCUGCCGGGCUGUGGCCACGGGCAUCAGGAAACUUGAAAGUCAGCACUAAAGGCUGGGUCGAGGUUCAACCCACACCUCCACUUUGCUUCUGAAAGCCUAUUAUUAGACUUGUAGUGAGUAUUCCAACCCAGUUUCACAUCUUUGGUUCAAAAUGGCAUGUCUCUCCAACAAUUUAAGUGCCUGAUACAAAGUCCAAAGUGUAAACAUCUCCCUUCCUCUCCUGCUGCUGCUGCUGCCGCUCUGGGAAGUCACCUCGGGUCUGUGCAGCCGGUAGUAUGACCGUUCACCCCUCGCCCGGCCUUUCUCAAGCGGGGAAACCUGCAGCCUUCCCUCUCGUGUCCUUCGAGGGCGUCCACAUGUGUUCACAAUGGUAGCCUUGGGUUGUACAGGGGGAAAUGCUGGCAGAUGUGCCGGAGGCUGCGGUCCUGCGGCUGGUUCUGCCUGGAACAGCUGUCUCCAAACUCACAGUGAUGCUUAGGGCAGUGAUGGGCAACCUUUCGAGCUCGGUGUGUCAAACUUCGCCAAAAAACCGAGCAUAACUCGGGUAGUGUGUCCCUUUGAGGAGAAAACAUUAUUUCGCAAAUGUUUCAUCCUCGGCAUGCGGCCGCCUCAGCGGCCGUGUGUCAUCAGAAAUGGCUACAUGUGUCAGUGCUGACACGCGUGUCAUAGGUUCGCCAUCACUGGCUUAGGGCACAGCCCUGCCCGGGCCCCGCGGGUCAGCCCCGAGCACGCUGGCCGGUCCUUGGGGCCAUGUUAGAGCAGAGCCUUUGGGUUUGGUACAUCCUUCAGGGAGCAGAGAGGGAAGGUUUUCUGGGUGGGGGGAGUUCUUUUAGUAGAUCUUGUUUUGUUUAAUCUGUGCAGUUUGCAUGAAUAAAUUGCUGUCCAUUUAUAAGGAGCCGGGGUCUGGAGGUGCCAUCACUUUUCCUGACCCAUCACGUUCCUGGCUAUUCCUGCCGUCCUGUUAGCAGGUGCCUCUCCUGGCGCAGGGCAUUGAGCCAGCAGGAGGCUGUACUGCGGAGAGAGCCUUGCCUUCUGUCCAGGCACCACCUGGCUUCGCUGUUGAACCAUCCAUUUUUCAACUCUUUAAAAGAAGCAGCAGCGAUUUUUUGAAAUUACAACAGUAUUUCUCUAUUUAGGAAUUCCCCUUGGAUACGUUCAUAUAUAUCAGCUUGUCAGCUGACUCAGGCAUUUAUCCUAAAGGUCAACUCUUUGUUAGUUUUCAAAACUCGGCAUCAUUUUCAAUUUUAUAGAAUUACUGCGAAAACCUUUCUAAUUAAGAUAUUAGGAUAUUUGGGGUUCCAGUUGUUAAUCCCAAAGGGAAGUAAUUUAGCUUGUAUUUUAAAACUUUUUAAACCUUUUAAUCAUAAUCAGGUAGAAUUCUGAUGAAUUAUGCUAAUUAACUAGAUAUAUUUCAGAAUGAAAUUUUUUCUUCAGAAUGGCUUCAAAACAGAUGUUAAAAGUGAUCCUAAGAGCAGUGUGAAAUUUGCAUUGCAGCCAAGUUUAUAUUAAAUCAAGAGGCCCUUUCCAAUAUGAUUUUUUAAAAACUUGUAUAACUCAGUAAGCCCCUAGGAGACUACAUGCUGGGGCUUUCGUCGUCCUACUGUGCGCACUGACGGAGCCCACGUGGAGCUGCCACUGUCCACACAGCCAUGCUCUGUUUCUGCCACAGACAGUGGGUCAGGAGGUGGCAGAGUGGUGGCUCGCCACAGGCGGGGCCUGUGCUCCGCUCCGUGGAGGGAAGAGCAGGUGCUUUGCCAGUUGCCCUGGCAGCCUGCACUGCCGCACUCGGGGUCCCGCAGGGUGGUGACUAAUACCCCAAAACAGGCAGCUAGCACCGGGAAGCCGCGUGGUUUCCUCAUGACCUUCCUAGGUGGCUCUUUUCUAUGGGGUUGCUUUCCUGGCCGAUAAGUUAGGAAAGCGGAUCUUGCACUUCAGCGGACAGGAGCCACGCCGCACCCGUGUCUUGCAAAGGUACAGGCACGUGGGCUCCAGGAGUGACACAGGUCUGGCCCCAGACUCUGUCAGGACUCCGUUAAAGCCCUGCGCAGGUGCCCCCUUCGCACCCCCACCCACCCUGCCAGCAUCAGUCAGGGCACUGAGCUCCACGCCAGUCACUCCUCCAGGCUGCCAGGGCGGCGCCUUCUCGUCCUGCCCCCUGGCCCGUCCCAGUGCAGCCUUCCCCGCCACAGAGCCUCCGGGCCCCCGGCUCACUCAGGCUGCGUGUUUUAAAGAGAGUUCAUCAGGGUCACGUCCUGCGCUCAUCACAGAUGCCACGUGGAUCACCCGUCCAGCCCCUCACUGCGUGCAGGGCCCCUUAGGGUCUGGCUUGAAGGAGGGAGACUUUAAAGGGACCGGCGAGGGAGAUGGGACAGAGCGUGACCGAGGUGCCAGGAGCCUGGGCGUCCCAUUCUCUGCAGCACGGGAGUUGGAGGUGGUAGCCAGGUUCCGCUCUGGGCUCCGGGCUCCGGGCCCACCCUGCCCGGCAGGCCCUUCACUGUGGCUGGGCCUCAUGGGGUAGAGCGCGUGUUGGGAAAUGAUCCCUUUGUUCGAUGGUUUUGGAUGUGGAGAAUGUCUGAGUCUCGAGGUGCAGCAUUAUCCUUCCUUCUGGCCCGGUGGGUCAGGAGAUGUGUCACACCCGCUCUCCGAAGGAAGGGGGCAUGAGUCCGACCGCCUGCUCAGUAUCCUCACAGGUCAUUGCGUUAGUGUCAUUGCUGUGGAUUCUCAGAAUCCAGGGUGGAGGUCUGAGCAGUUUAAUGAGCGAGUUGGCAGAGAAGUGGCGAGAAAUGGUCCUCCAGCGGGAGAUGGUAUUCCCCCGCUUACCGCCCAGCUUCUCUGCUCGCCACGGCAGAGUGCUCCGUGAGGGCACACGGCACCGCCCUGUCCUGUCAAGUGUGCAAACAACCCUCUCUCCUUCAGAAACAUUGAAAGAGCAUUUUGCACAGAAAAAGGAAAAGACCCAUGAAUGUCCUCUUUUAUCCUUUGUUUUCAGUUGGAGUUUUUGUUCGUGACGCGCGCUUGAACCAGUCUUUUUCACUAGUUACCUCUUCCUCCUCCUGUCCUGGCUGCUGACGUCCCUCGGUUGUUCUCACGUCUAUUAUGGGAAGCGCCUUCCCAUGGGUGUCCUUUUACACACUGUAGGGCUAUCUUUAUACUUAAAAAAGGUUCUUUUUAAAGAAGACUGUCGCUAACCUCCUGGGGGAUUUGCAGAAAACCAUUUAGCCCACCUUGAGCAAAAGGUAGAUUCCUCAUUAUUUUCUUAAAAGCUCAAUGUAAUAAAAGAAACCUAAUUUGGCAUCAUUGUGCUACCUCAAAGGUCAAAAUGUCUUAAGGUCUCUUUUUGAUCCUGAGUCUGUACAUGGUGUUUGAAAUGUCUUUCAAUUGGGAUUAUUUUUAAAUCAUUGGGAAGAAUUUUAUUUUAAACCGUUUUACACUUGUGUUUUAAUCUUAGAAGAAUGAGUGAUUGGAAAGUGAUUAACUCUUGCUCUGUGGUAUUGAACACAAUUAAAUCAUUGUUUGCCAUAAACAAGGUUGGGUUUUUAAAACGGAAACUCGAGGGGGUGGCUUGGCUCUUGGCUAAUAAAGGCCGACAGGUCUGUCUGACUUUC